AUGUUCACUGUAAAAAAAUCGUUUCUUCUUUUGAUUGCGAUUUCUUUGUCAAGGUGUGAAGUUAUGUACCAAAAGUCGAAUCAUUGUUAUGCUAAGAAUGCCAAUCCGUACGUAAAAAUGGGUACCAGAACUGCAUAUCAAUUCAUUCACGGUAGAACACCGUUCGAAAAAGUACCAAAUUGCAAGCCGGUACAGAUUUGGAUGAUGAUAAGACACGGAACGCGAUAUCCAGGGCGACGAGUAAUACAAACAAUGUUGACCCUUUCCGAGUUGCGAGAUCAGAUAAUUCAGAAUCACAAAGUACGAGGAUACGGCCAUUUGUGUCUGGAGGAUCUAGAGAAUUUGAAGCGUUGGCGUCUCAGCAAAUCAAUCAGCAUUGAAAAUGCCGAAGCACUGCACCCACAGGGAGUAAAGGAUAUGAGUAUGCUCGGUAAACGUAUCAGAAAUAAUUUUCCUGAAUUAUUUCCACCAUACGUGACUGACAUCAGUCCAACGAAUUACAAGUUCCGUUCGUUGAGUGGAGGUCGAUUGAGUUCCAGCGUAAAGGCGAUGAUGUCGGGACUCUUGGAUGGAGUCGAUAUCCCCGGAGAAGAACUUUCAAUCAACGAAACAUUAUUUGCGGCGUAUCAACGAUGUCCAAAGUGGAGAACCGAGGUGGCUAACAAUCAGGAACAUCUUGUAGAAGUGUCAAAAUACAUCCACGGCCCAGAGUAUCGAAAACUGUUAUCAAGUGUGAGUGAACGGCUUGGAUUCCAGGACAAUGUCGACAUGGCAACGGUUCAUCAUAUGUGGGAUAUGUGCCGUUAUGAAAUGGCGUGGGAAAUCAACAAGUUGUCACCGUGGUGCGCCGUGUUUAGCGAAGAGGAAUUAAAAGUCAUCGAAUACAAGGACUAUUUAGUUGACUUCUACAAACGGGGAUACGGUCACGAAUUCAACAUUCGUUUGGGGUGCCCUCCUCUGCGGGACAUGAUCCAUAGUUUCCAAAAAAUCGAAAAGGACAAUUACAGCUACUCGAAAGAACCGAAAGGAAUAUUCAACAUCGGACGAUCGGGAAGCUUGCAUUUAUUUAUGACCGCGUUGGGACUCGCCAAGGAUCCUAUUCCUCUAUUAUCUAGCAAUUUUAAAGGAAUGAGUACGUAUCAGUGGAGUACCUCUGAAAUUGGAUCAUUCACCGCGAACGUCGCCGUUAUAUUUUACAAAUGUGACGAUCCUGUGACUUCGAAUAAAGUGAAAUUUUACCUGGCCGAGAAGCCCGUAGACUAUCCAGGAUGUAAGAACGGUUUGUGCGACUGGAAUUACUUGAAGAAUAAGUUUCAAGAAUUUGUAUCGAAUUGCAACGAUGAUUUUUGUCACGAAACUAGCAGCGAUGCUUCAUCGGCAAAGUUGCAAAAGAUGUUCAAGUUGUUGCUGGUGCUGCCUGGCCUGGUCUUCCUUUUGGUCCACAUACGACGUCCGAAACGGAAGUUGAGACAAUUUUCUUUAGCUUGCAACAGCCUAGUUAAAUUCUAUUGUGAUCUAUUAAUACUUGCACAAACACAUUACGAAUUGCAUUUCCACGAGGCAGCUAGAUAUUUGGUACUUUUGAAAUAUAAACGCACUGAAAAUAGACACGAUUUAAAGCUAUCCGUUCAAGACAGAAUUUUACAAAGUCUGUCGAGACGAUCUGUUGUGCGGAAGGAUUUCUCACAGUAA